AUGAGUCCCACCCCUAUCGCCCAAGGCCACAACAUCCAGGCCUACACGUACUGGGACUCUCCCGUCCCAGCCAACCUCGCCGGCCAAAACUUCUCAGAUCCCGUCAUUUUCAAUCCCACCACAUUCACUCUCAUCACGACCCCCAACGAAGCCGUCCUGGUCGACACUCCCACCGUCCGAUCUCGCGCCGAGCCCGUGGCUGACUGGAUCGCCGAGGUCAUCGAGGGCCGCAAGCUGAGCACCAUCUACAUCACUCACGGCCACGGCGACCACUUCUUUGCCGCCGGCGUCAUUCAGGAGCGUUUCCCUGACGCCGUCAUUCGCGCAACGCAGGGCACCUAUGAGCAUAUGCAGGAACAGCUUGCCCCUGCCUUCUGGGACGGUCUGUGGGUUCCGACAUUUCCCGAGCUGCAGGAUAGCCCGAAGCCGAACCUCACGGUAGAAGUUCUCCCCAAAGACCACUUUACUGGGGACGGUCAAGAGUUCCGUGCCGUUGAGGUCGUUGGUGGUGAUACUGGCUCGUCAACGGUGCUUCACGUGCCUUCUUUGGAUCUCGUCGUUGGGGGAGACGUGGUUUAUGGAGGAUGUUACCAGUUCCUUGCCGAAAACACAACACCAGAGCUCCGUCAGAAGUGGAUCGACGCCGUCGACCAGAUUGCCGCUCUUCAUCCUAAGGUCAUCGUUCCCUCUCACCGAUUGUCUACGGAUGGCUUUGGGCUCGAUAACUUGGAGGCAACCAAGGAGUACAUUCGCACUUGGGCGAAGCUCGAUGCACAGACGUCGACGUGGCAGGAGCUGGAGGCUGCUGUUAUCAAGGCGUAUCCAAAGAGGAUUGGAAACUACAUCCUUCGAAUCUCGGAGCUGUUGGUUAUACCCCGGCCACAUACGACCGCUGUGCUCACAGGCAUCAUGUCGACUCCCAGUGCCUUCACCAACAAAGACACCUUUGCUGCCGCAAUCCAUGCCGCUUUUAAUUGUCCCGACUCCGAUCUCGAAGCCCGUAUCCUCGAUCUCUACACAAGACAGUCUCUCAUCACCGUCAAUGAGAAUCGGAUGUCAUGGAAAGACUUUGUCCCCUAUGUCAAGGCCAUUCGCGCCAGGAGGACGUCUGUGGAGAUCCAGUGCCAUCACUUUAUACGCGACGGUAACAUGUUUGCCGAGAGACACACGGCGAGUGGAACGGGCAAGGAUGGCACUAUAACAAAAGCAGAGGCUUUACUAAUGGGGGAGCUGAAUGAGGAAGGAAAAGCCAUAUGGGUAGAGGAAAUUGCAAUUCUAAGUUCAGACACUUCGAAGACUGGGGAGGAUAGAUAA